AUGGACGUAUUGACUGACAUGUUGACACCAAAAAAUAGUGUAGAUAAGACCGAAAGCUAUACUCUUGAUAGCACAAGAAACUCUUUAAUUCGACAAGAGGAUAGAAUUAUUUUCAGCCUUGUAGAGGAGGCUCAAUUCUGUUAUAAUGCAGAGAUAUAUGAUCCCGAGGCUCUUGCCAUGGAUGGAUUUGAUGGCUCUUAUGUGCAGUACAUGGUUAAAGAAAUCGAAAAACUACACGCAAAGGUUGGAAGAUACAAGAAUCCAGACGAGCAUCCAUUCUUCCCAGAUGAUGUUCUUAAAUCGAUAUCUCCUCUGCAAUAUCCAUAGGUUCUGCAUCCAGCUUCAGAUUCAAUCAAUUUUAGUGACACAAUAUGGGAUGCGUACUGCAUAGAUAUUCUGCCUAGGUUAGUUAAAGAACGUGAUGAUGGUAACCACGAAUCAGCUGCAGUUUGUGAAACAAUAUGCUUGCAGGGCCUCUCAAAGAGAAUUCACUACAGCACAUUCAUAGCCGAAGCAAAAUUUCUAUCCUCCCAGACAGGGACAGACUCAGACAGUUCGAACUAUUUAGGAUUUGGGCAUUGGGCUAGAGAAAGUAAUUGGAUGCUCUCUUGCAAGGGUGUGAACUUCAUGGGUUAUACCUAA